AUGCUGCUUGUCAUAACGGCAAAUGGUCUUUCCACUUGUCACGGUCCGUACAUGGAUCAAGAAGAAGAAAAGGUCGCACCUCGCGUCCGUUUUGGAGAGCUUCGCCUUCCUGACGAAGAAGAUGGAUAUGCGACGCACGAACGCCGCCAUGAGCGUAAUCUAUCGCGACGGUCAAGUGUGGGCAGUCUCUCCAUCCGCAGUGCUGGAGGAGCUCGCACUGUUCAGCCCGAGACUGCACUACCUAUCACUUACCGUACGCUUUCCAUCGAGAUCGAUGAGGGUCAACACAAGAAGCAGAUCGAGGUGAAAAAAGCCAAAGAGAAGGCUGCCGUUGAUCUAGCAGAUCUCGAAUGGCAUACACUCGCCGUCCACGAGCUGUGCCGCCGCCUCUCUGUCGAUAUCGAGCAGGGACUUUCCGAAGAUCAAGCAAAGCGUCGCCUCAGCGAACAUGGUCAGAACAAGAUGACACCUCCACCCUCGGGCCUGCUCUGGAAGAUCAUAGGCUACUUCUUCGGUGGUUUUGGUAGCAUCCUCGUCGUUGCCGGCAUACUCGUAUUCAUCGCCUGGAGACCUCUUGGUCAUCCACCAGCUGUUGCCAACUUGGCGCUUGCAUGUGUAUUGAUUGCUGUCUGGCUUAUACAAGCCGCUUUCAAUGCAUGGCAAGACUGGUCGACAAGUAGAGUGAUGGCAUCUAUCGGAACAAUGCUGCCCGAUCAAUGCAUCGUUGUGCGUAACGGAUCGCAUGCUAGCAUCUCAGCCUUGGACCUAGUGCCUGGCGAUAUUAUUGUCAUCAAGCAGGGCAAUAAGCUGCCCGCAGAUGUUCGUUUCGUUGACAUUUCCAGCGAUGCCAUGUUCGAUCGCGCAAUCCUUACUGGUGAAUCCGAACCCGUCGUAGCUACCGUCGAAUCAACCGAAGACAACUAUCUCGAGACCAACAAUAUCGGUUUACAAGGAACACACUGCAUAGCAGGCUCCUGCUUGGGUGUGUGCGUUGCUACUGGUGACAACACCAUAUUCGGUCGCAUCGCAAAGCUUACCUCGGAUCCAAAGACUGGCAUGACACCGCUGCAGAAGGAGAUCCUGCGUUUUGUGCUCAUCAUCUCACUCUUCAUCACUACUGUCGUGAUUCUCAUUGUGGUUCUCUGGGCAGCAUGGCUGAGGAAAUCUCAUCCCACUUGGAUCGACGUGCCUCUUCUCAUCGUUAGUUGUGUUUCUUGUGCUGUUGCAUUCAUCCCAGAAGGCUUACCGAUUGCGCUUACGACGAGCUUGACCAUAGUUGCAAACAUCAUGCGCAAGAACAAGAUCCUUUGCAAGUCGCUCAAGACUGUCGAAACACUAGGCUCCGUUUCAGUGAUCUGUUCUGACAAGACCGGAACAUUGACCAAGAACAAGAUGGUGGUCACGGACAUCUACGCAGCAGGAGAAGAAUACACCACGGAUGCCGCGCGUGACAUGAUGGCGGUGUUUCGGUCUGAGAAGAACCUCACUGUGCUCUCUAAACCUAAGCAAAGCAUCAUGGACCACGUCCGUAUCCUCGGUGGCCUUUGCAACUCUGGUGAAUUUGACGCCGCUACAUCACAUUUGCCUAUUGCUGAGCGCAAAAUCAACGGCGAUGCCACAGAUCAAGCCAUACUUCGACUUUCCGAGGCCCUCGGAUCAGUGGCUGAGUUGCGUCGCGACUGGAAAAAGGUCUUCGAGAUUGCAUUCAACAGCAAGAACAAGUUCAUGGUGCGGAUCAUGACACCCACUAAUCAAACGUCGACGAGCAACAACGCCACUCUCAUGGUCAAGGGAGCUCCUGAUAUCCUCCUACCCCGAUGCGACCUUCUCCUGAACGACAAAGGCGAAGAAGUGGAGCUUACCGAAGCCCAACGCCUUCGUAUCGAGACCGUCAAAGACAGUUGGUCCCGCCAGGGCAAGCGUGUCAUACUUCUCGCUUGCAAGCCGACCAUUGUGCCAUUUUCAAGCCAUCCUGAGAAAGAAGUAAUGGUCGCUGCCCGAGAGGGUCUUACGUUUGUCGGCAUCGUUGGUAUCGUUGAUCCGCCCCGCGACGAGAUCCCAGAGGUAGUGCGUGUUCUUCGAGGAGCUUCUAUCCGUAUCUUCAUGGUGACCGGUGAUUUCAAGCUCACUGCUCAGGCGAUCGCCGAGGAGUGCGGCAUCAUUUCGAAUUCCGCAUUGGUAGAUGACAUCAGCGCUCUUGGUCGAGACGGGAAGAUCGGCACUACGAAGCAGUCGAUCGUCUUGAGUGGACCAGAACUCAUCACCCUGAACGAGGCGCAAUGGGAUCAGCUUUGCCAGUAUCACGAGAUCGUUUUCGCCAGGACGACGCCCGAACAGAAGCUACGUAUCGUCAAGGAAUUCCAGGCACGUGAUAACAUUGUCGGUAUGACAGGUGAUGGUGUCAACGAUGCUCCAUCGCUCAAAGCUGCUGACAUUGGUAUUGCCAUGGGCAGUGGUUCAGACAUCGCCAUUGAAGCUGCUGAUAUGGUUCUUCUCGACUCGUUCGCCGCCAUCAUUGAGGCUGUCCAAUACGGUCGGCUCGUCUACGAUAAUCUCAAGAAAACAAUAGUUUACUUGCUUCCCGCAGGUAGCUUCAGCGAGCUGUGGCCGGUCGUUACCAAUGUCGCAUUCGGUAUCCCGCAGAUCCUGUCGUCUUUCCUCAUGAUCAUAAUCUGCUGUCUCACCGACUGUGCCGCCGCUAUCACUCUUGCCUACGAAAAGCCGGAGGCCGAUGUAAUGCUUCGCCCUCCCCGCAACCCCAAGAAGGACCGACUUGUGAAUGCUCGACUCAUUUUCCAUGCUUACUUUGUCGUCGGUCUGUUGGAGUGCUUUCUGGCCUUCACUAUGAGCUUCUGGUACAUGGAGCGCAAGGGAGUCCCGUUCACGGCAAUGUGGUUGAAGUUCGGUGUGUACGACGAGCAAUACGAUCCGGACUAUGUCACGGAAAUCGCAAAUCAGGCCUCGAGUGUCUACUUCGUCACACUGGUGAUCAUGCAAAUAUUUAACCUACUUGCUACUCGCACCCGUAGGCUCAGCAUCUUCCAGCAGCCACCGAUCUUCAACAAAGCGACUCAGAACUGGUCACUUUUCCCUGCCAUGAUCUUCGCGAUCGUUGUUGUCUUUAUCUUCUGCUACAUUCCAUCUCUUCAGGACACUAUCGACACGAGGACGAUAUCCGUCGAACACUGGUUCCUUCCAGCUGCUUUUGGCAUGGGAUGGCUCACCAUUGAUGAGGCAAGAAAGUAUUGUGUGCGCCGAUGGCCCAACGGGUUGCUUGCCAAGAUUGCUUGGUGA